UAAAUAACACCACGCUGCUGUGUUUCUGUCAGAAUCCAAACUCUCUCAACAGCACACACAUUUAACGAAGCGUACAGCACACAGCUGGGGAUCAUACAUUCAGAGAAAAUGUGCCAAGGAUUGGAAUCACUGCCAGUUACCUGUCUGGAGAGAGUCAAAUAUCUGAAGGCACGCUUGGGAAGUUUCCUCCUGAAGCAGGAGCUCAACUUCAUGGGUCUGUCCAACAAAAGCGAUAAGCUGAGGACAGAGGACACGCUCAAGUGGAGAGCAUCCUUUCAGAAUCUGCUGGCUCACAAAGAUGGGUUGUGCGCCUUCCGAGCAUUCCUGCUGUCCGAGCACAGUGAGGAAAACAUUGCGUUCUACCUCGCCUGUGAGGACUACAAGAACACAAAGACAUCCUCCAAGCUGUGCUCCAAAGCCAAGAAAAUCUACGAGGAGUUCGUUGACGCCGAUGCACCAAGAGAGGUGAAUCUCGAUCAUGAGACGAAAAGCAUCACAAAGAAGAACCUGGAGCAGCCGACUGUGUCGUGCUUCGAUCUGGCCCAGAGCAAGAUCUACACUCUUAUGGAGAACGACUGCUACCCUCGCUUUCUCAAAUCUGCACUCUACAUGGAGCUCAGCAGAUAAGCGAAGCCCUGAACUUGCCUCCAACCACUGGACUCGCUUGAAGAAGGACUUCAAACACACAAGCUUGAUCCUGAAUGGUGUCUCAAGCUCAUGGCUGAGGUGGACUUGAGUUCAUCAUUCAGUAACUGCCAGACACCAGCCUGGACCCUGUCAGGAACUGGUGAGGAAGUAGGUGUUUGGAGUUUGGAGACCAAAAGAAAAGUCUCAAGGAAUCAUUAUGCUGAACUUGGAGAUGAAAAAGAAGGAGAAGAAAAAGCACUGGAAUUAAACUGUGAGCGUACUUUUGCACUAAGCAAACAGUGGAAAAGCCUGUUAUGUUCUCUUUUUUUUUUUUUUUAAAUUUUACUUUUCUCAUCUUUACAACUGAUAUUUAUUGAAAAAAAUAUUUUUAUAAAUAUAAUAUAGUGCUUUUAUUUAUUAAACCGUAUGAUGCUGUAUGUGUGGAAUUCUGUUGGAAUAAAUUAUGACAUCUAA